AGUUAGUUUAACUCUUUGCUGCUGUCAGCCUUAGAAACCAUUAACUCUUUGAAUCGUCAGAGUAAUGUGUGUGGAGGUUUAAACAUUUUUUUCAGUGUGCUUACGUCUUCAGCACGUUUAGGUACCACUGUUUGUGGAUCAUAUGUAAUUUCCUCUUCUGAUCUCUCCACAGGCACGGUUUGUGCCCACCCCACCUCCAAAUCGCCUUAACUUCAAAUCAGAGGGCAGACUCGGCGAGCAGGACUGGCAAGCACACUUCAAGGCCCCAUGUGGCCUUGACUCAUCCCAGCUCGAGGCCAUCCGAUGCACACUGGUAAACUGCACAUGUGAAUGUUUUCAGCCGGGGAAGAUUAACCUGCGGACCUGCGACCAGUGCAAACACGGCUGGGUGGCUCAUGCCCUGGACAAGCUCAGCACGCAGCACCUGUACCACCCCACCCAGGUGGAAAUCGUGCAGUCCAACGUGGUGUUCGACAUCAGCAGCCUGAUGCUCUAUGGGACUCAGGCGGUGCCGGUGAGGCUGAAGAUCCUGUUGGACCGGCUCUUCAGUGUCCUGAAGCAGGAGGAAGUGCUGCACAUCCUGCAUGGCCUGGGCUGGACGCUGCGGGACUACGUCCGAGGAUACAUUCUGCAGGAUGCUGCCGGGAAGGUGCUGGACCGCUGGGCCAUCAUGUCUCGAGAAGAGGAGAUCAUCACCCUGCAGCAGUUUCUGCGCUUUGGAGAAACCAAAUCCAUCGUGGAGCUGAUGGCGAUUCAGGAGAAGGAAGGGCAGGCUGUCGCUGUACCGUCUUCAAAGACAGACUCAGACAUAAGGACUUUUAUUGAGAGCAACAAUCGCACCAGGAGUCCCAGCCUCCUCGCUCACUUAGAGAAUAGCAAUCCUUCCAGCAUUCAUCACUUCGAAAACAUCCCAAACAGCCUUGCAUUUCUGCUUCCAUUCCAGUACAUAAAUCCUGUCUCUGCCCCGCUUCUAGGGCUGCCUCCAAAUGGGCUGCUUUUAGAGCAACCAGGGCUGAGGCUCCGGGAGCCAAGCCUUUCCACCCAGAAUGAAUACAAUGAGAGCAGUGAAUCAGAAGUAUCUCCCACACCAUAUAAGAAUGAUCAGACACCCAACAGAAAUGCCCUGACCAGCAUUACAAAUGUGGAGCCCAAAACUGAGCCAACCUGUGUCUCUCCCAUCCCGAAUUCUGCCCCAGUCAGUGAUUUGACCAAAACUGAACAUCCAAAAAGCUCUUUCCGCAUUCACCGGAUGAGAAGGAUGGGCUCAGCCUCUAGGAAAGGAAGAGUGUUCUGUAAUGCAUGUGGAAAGACGUUCUAUGACAAAGGCACCCUCAAAAUUCAUUAUAAUGCUGUUCACCUAAAGAUCAAACACCGCUGUACCAUCGAAGGUUGCAACAUGGUCUUUAGCUCCCUCCGAAGCCGUAAUCGGCACAGUGCAAACCCCAACCCACGCCUUCAUAUGCCCAUGCUAAGGAAUAAUCGAGACAAAGAUUUAAUUCGGGCCACAUCGGGAGCGGCCACCCCUGUUAUAGCAAGUACAAAGUCGAAUCUCACACUCACAAGCCCUGGCCGGCCCCCUCUGGGUUUUACCACUCCCCCGUUAGACCCUGUCCUACAGAGCCCUCUCCCUAGCCAGCUGGUGUUUUCCGGACUAAAGACUGUACAGCCAGUUCCUCCGUUUUAUAGAAGUUUACUCACACCUGGGGAAAUGGUGAGUCCUCCAGCCUCCCUCCCCACCAGCCCCAUCAUUCCUAGCAGUGGUGCCAUGGAGCAGCACCCUCCCCCGCCCUCUGAGCCAGUCGUGCCAGCCGUGAUGAUGGCCAGCCAUGAGCCCAGUGUCGACCUGGCCCCCAAGAAGAAGCCCAGGAAGUCGAGCAUGCCUGUGAAGAUUGAAAAGGAGAUUAUCGACACCGCUGAUGAGUUCGAUGAUGAGGAUGAUGACCCCAGUGAUGGCGGAGCUUUGGUGAACGACGCGAGCCAUGACAGUCAUUGCCACUCCCAGGAGGAGAUGAGCCCAGGCAUGUCUGUGAAGGACUUCUCUAAGCACAACAGGACCCGGUGCAUUUCAAGGACUGAAAUCAGAAGAGCUGACAGUAUGACAUCUGAGGACCAGGAGCCCGAGCGGGACUACGAGAAUGAGUCUGAGUCUUCAGAGCCCAAGCUGGGCGAGGAGUCCAUGGAGGGGGAUGAGCACCUCCACAGCGAGGUGGCCGAGAAAGCCCUGCUCAGCAGCGAGCGGCCGGGCGAGAACCACAGCGAGCCCUCACACCAGGACGUCAUCAAAGUGAAGGAGGAGUUUGCCGACCCCACCUACGACAUGUUCUACAUGAGCCAGUACGGACUGUACAACGGCGGGGGGGGCAGCAUGGCUGCCCUGCACGAAAGCUUCACGUCGUCUCUGAAUUACGGCAGCCCCCAAAAGUUCUCCCCAGAAGGAGAUCUGUGUUCCAGCCCAGACCCCAAAAUCUGUUACGUGUGCAAGAAGAGUUUUAAGAGCUCCUACAGCGUGAAGCUUCACUACAGGAACGUUCACUUAAAAGAGAUGCACGUCUGCACCGUGGCCGGCUGCAACGCCGCCUUCCCUUCCCGCCGAAGCAGAGACAGACACAGUGCCAACAUAAAUCUACAUCGUAAACUGUUGACCAAAGAACUCGAUGACAUGGGCCUGGACUCAUCGCAGCCCUCCCUUAGCAAGGACCUCCGGGAUGAAUUUUUGGUGAAGAUCUAUGGUGCCCAGCACCCUCUGGGGCUCGACGUCAGGGACGAUGCGUCCUCUCCCGCAGGGACUGAAGACUCCCACCUGAACGGGUACGGGCGCGGCGUGGCGGAGGACUACAUGGUCCUCGACUUGAGCACCACGUCCAGCCUGCAGUCCAGCAGCAGCAUCCACUCCUCGCGGGAGUCUGACGCGGGCAGCGACGAGGGGAUUCUUCUUGACGACCUUGAUGGCGCGAGUGACAGCGGGGAGUCAGUGCACAAGGCCGAGGCCCCAGCCCUGCCUGGCGGCCUCGGCGCCGACGUGGCAGGAGCGCUCAUGUUCAGCAGCCUGUCUGGGAGCAAUGGCGGGAUCAUGUGCAACAUCUGCCACAAAAUGUACAGCAACAAGGGGACGCUGCGGGUACACUACAAAACCGUGCAUUUGCGUGAGAUGCACAAGUGCAAAGUCCCAGGCUGCAACAUGAUGUUCUCCUCUGUGCGCAGCCGGAACCGGCACAGUCAGAACCCUAAUCUCCACAAAAACAUUCCCUUCGCUUCCAUAGAUUAGUCCCAGAACGGACGCUCCGAAUGCCAGCUCUCACCAGGUGGCCUACGUGUUUGAACUGCCGUUGUCAGUGUGCGUGUGCGCGUACGUCGGCAAGUGUGCACGUGUGUGUAGGUAUGUACACCUCCAUGUCUACACACACACGUACACAUUUUCUUUAGAUAAAAAAGAUAAACACUAGGUGCUUUUGAAUUUUUUUCUUUUUCCUUUAUAGUUUUGGGAAAGAGGUGAAAUCUUUAAUUUGGGGGUGAAAAAUAGUACCCCUUUAAACAUACACAGGUCCAAGUGUGCAUCAAGCCCCAAUUUUGAUAGAAUAAUUCAUGAUCUCCUCCAAGGAGACAGUUUGUUGUACCCAUGACUGUUGCCUGCAAAAAAUAAAAGGGAGAAAAGAAAAAAGAGACAGAGGAACUUCGCAGAGUUGUCUUUUGUGAACUUUUAAGGUUUUGAGAGAAUCUUCAAACAAGCAUGGCAGAUUCACCUGUAAAUACUUGGCCUUGAGAGGCCGAUGGUGUAAAGCAGUUGUAUUGACGGUUGUUUAACUCUUUUAAUUUUUACAGUUACAUCCAGCUGUUAGAUAUGCAGGAAAAAAAUAGUUUGCUGGCUAGCUCUGUUCAUUUAUGUUAGCAUUAAUGCACAUUUUUUUUAAAAAAGAAACCACAGUCUUGUUUUUACUACCUGUUAGAUAUAGUGGUAAAGAGGUGCUGGCAUGCUUCACAGCACAGAUCUGAGUUUUUAAAAUGUCCUGUACUAGUACAUAAAUCCAGUCAUGCACUUUUUUUCCUCCACUACAAGGGGAUGUGUAAUAUCCGUGCUUCUUUUUUCUCCUUAAACUGUUGCCAUACUUCAGUAAGUGUCUUUAAAAAAAAAAAAAAAUCCACUUGUAUAAAAAUGGUCUGGUCAGUAUAGGGCAUGAAUGCCAAACAGAAGUAUUAGUGUUAACACAAAACUGCCAACUUUGCACAAGUUUCCAGAAAAGAAAAUACAAUUAGUCACUCAACAUAACCGCAGGCCAAUUUGUCGGCCACCAGAAAACCGCUUAAAAAAAAAAAAA